UUUUUAUUAUGUUUACAAUUUUAUACUGGCAAUACUGUGCCAGAGAACUGUCAUUCGUUAUGCAAUUCAGUUGCGGGUCAUUUGGAAGUUAACAACAUAAAAUCGUUCAUCUGUGCCUAGUGUUUGCUGGGAGCUUGUGUGAUUGGAAAAAAUUUAAAUAUAACAAAAAAUACUCAUUACAAAAUGUUUCGCAAAUGUGUUACUUUGCCAACAUCAACUUUGUUGGCAGCUGUCGCUGUCCAAAAUGCUAGUUCUGGCUCUGAACCUAAAAAACAGGAGCCUGUAAACGAUUUGUCCCACUAUCAGUGUAAACCUAAUGAUUUGCCUUUAUACGCUCCUUUGCAUUCAUACAAUAAGCCACAGAAAAAAUGUCAUACAAAAGUAAAUUCACCAGCUCGUGAUGCAAUUGAAUCUGGCGUUCGAACUGUACGCACGGAAGUUCAAGCCGGCUAUCAUUUGUUGUCUAAACAAAAGGAAACUUUCGAUGAGUAUAUUCAUCAAGCUAAGGAGCAAACACAAUCUACCAUAGAUUACUUAAACCAGCCACAUAACCUUAUGCCCAGAACUGGUGCUAUAGCUAUUGGUGGUUUGUCCGGUUUUAUAUUUGCUGCCCGUGGAGGUUUCAUCAAGAAAGUUCUCUACACUACAAUUGGUGCUGGUGCGGUCGCUUCCCUUUGCUAUCCCAGACAAGCUGAACAAUUUGCAAAGGAAGCUCUUUUCGAAGCUCGCAAGGGUUAUGCUAUUGCCUACAAUUUCGUUAAAGGUGUUAAACCAGGCGACGAAGUACCAGUCGAACCCAUUACCAAAUUUCCAACCAGUUUGGAAGAUAUAAAAUUCCUAGCUCUUGAUUUAUACGACGAAGCUAAAGAAGCUUUAUUCCCCGAAAAGAAAUAAAUUCGACUUGUCGCUAAAAUACAGAACCUAUUUAAUCAUGUCAUAAAUUUAAUCGACGAAAAUUAUUAAGUAAAUAGCGAAAUGACGACAAAAAAUAAUACUGUGUUAAUUUAUUUAAAAUGUCAUUAGGCAAAGUGACUUCUCGAGUUGUAUUUAAAGCGUAAAAUUAAGAAAGUAUAUAAUAUCAUAAAGCUUUCGAACAUAAUAAAAAGAUAAAUCAGUGAUAA